AUGCUUGCCGAAAGCGUUGACGUCAAGGUGAGACCCUUGGCCAGCGUCAGCCUCGAAAAAGCGAGUCUGCUUGGGGCGGCCCGGGUCUAUGUGAGCAGAGAUACUCUUCUAUCUCUAACUGGCAGCCUAAAACCCGGAAGGCAUUGUAUCAUAACCAGGCUGGAUACUGCCGCCUCGAAGGAAGAUGGACCUCAGCCGGAGCUGCAGCGAGAAGCCUCGCUGUAUAUCCUACCGGAGAAGAAUCUCAGCCCCAACAUCGUUAUGAUGACAAGGAUGUUCCAAGACAUAACCGGCUUCAAGGUCGGAGACCAAACCCGCAUAACACUCGGGAGCACGGCGAUGCCUGAGACUUCUGAGGUGGUUAUGCAGGAUGUCACUGAGGAUUCUGAUAAGAAAGUGGCGCUGGAGGAAAUUGAGAAGAAGUGUGCUUAUGCACCAGAAUGGAGGUUCCCAAUCGCACUUGCCUUCGAGAAAGCUCAGCAGGUUUUCCCUGGAAUGGUGGUGGACGCACAGCAGAACCAAUACAAACGAAACUUCAAGGUCAUAUCUGUGAAUUCACAGACGAAUAACCUGGCAAAUUUUGCCCCUGGCACAACGGCAAUUAAUAUUGUCGAUGACAGCACAGCAAACGCCGAAGUCGAGGCACAAAGUCCUGGUGACUUGGUUCUAAGGGGAGUCCCUGGAAUGUCGGCCCAGGUCAAGAAAAUCAACCGUUUCUUCGAAGGCUUCACCAGAGAACUGAUGUGGGCAAAGGAGAGGGAUUCAUGUGCUUUUGUUAUUCACGGAGGUCACGGCACUGGAAAGUCCUUCAUCCUCAACCGUAUUGCUGAGACAAGAUGGGGCAAAGUACACUGGAUCAAACCCUCAGACAAACUUGCUACCAUGCGGGAGACUUUCAAGCUAGCGCAGAGCCAGCAGCCGAGCAUGAUAUUGAUCGAUAACCUUCAGGACUUGAUCAGCAAGGACCGCUCUAAUGUCGACUCUGUUAUCGAGCUAUUGCGCGAUGAGCUCGCCAGCCUCUCUGCUAGUGCAUCGUUAAACAAUGCUCUGCCUCGAGUCCUGAUAGUGGCCACAUGCUCUGACUUCUUCACAGACAUUCCCAACUCACUCCGAGGUCGAGGCGGUUUUGCAGAUCAUACGCCCCUGCCUAUACCCAGAACCCAAGAAAGGCUUGAAAUCCUCGAAUUCGAGAAUUUGCACAUUGAGCCAGCGGAAAAGCACUCAAUCCUAUCAGACCUCGCACAGAAGACGCACGCAUACAGCCCACGCGACCUCGGAAUGAUCUGUCAUGAGGCAAACCUGAUUGCAUCAUAUCGAAUCCUGGAUGCAGGCAUCGGAGCCUCUCCUGAAGAACGAUUUAUCAGGAGGUCAGAUGUGGAGGAAGCCAAACGUAUGGUCAAGCCAACGGUCAUGCGAGACAUCAACCUCAACCCUCCUACUAUUCACUGGCAAGAUGUUGGUGGCCAAGACGUUUUGAAGAAGGUACUCAACCGAAUGGUCAAAUACACCAAGAACCCAGAGCGAUCCCUUCGCCCUCCACCUAAGGGUCUUCUUCUUUAUGGCCCUCCUGGUUGUUCCAAGACCUUAUCCGCCCAGGCUGCCGCCACCGAAUCCGGCUUCAACUUCUUCGCUGUCAAAGGUGCAGAGCUUCUCAACAUGUAUGUCGGUGAGACUGAGCGUGCGAUUCGUACCCUCUUCGAGCGUGCUAGCAAUGCGGCUCCUUCUAUCAUUUUCUUCGACGAAAUUGACUCCAUCGGCGGUCAAAGAUCGGGAAGUGGCUCUGCUUCUCGCAGCACAGGCUCAGUCAAUAUGCUCACAACUCUUCUCACCGAGAUGGACGGUUUCGAAGCCCUUUCUGGCGUGCUUAUCCUUGCUGCUACAAACCGUCCCGAAUCUAUGGACCCGGCACUGAUGCGACCCGGCCGAUUUGAUCAGAUUCUCUACGUUGGUCCCCCUGACGGGCCCACCCGUGAGGCUAUCUUCAAUGUACAUCUGCGCGGCCUGCCUCUUGCGCCAGACGUUGAUAUCCCCGAGCUUUCUCGCCUGUCUGAAGGAUACUCCGGUGCAGAAAUCAAGGCAGUGUGUACCGAAACCUGUCUGAUCGUGCAGGAGAGCUUCGAGGACGGCGAAAUCGAAAAGCUAGAGUUGUCUAUGAGUGAUUUGACAACUGUGUUGCAGAGGACACCGCGUAAUAUUACGCAGCAGAUGAUUGAUGGUUAUGAAAAGUGGUCUAAACAAUUCAAAAAGGUCUAA